AUGUCUAUCGGCAAGUAUGCUGUGAUAUUAAAUGGAUCAGAGAUGGUUUGCCGAACUUCCCUCCCCGACAGAUACCUCCUGAAGGCGCUGGAGAUGUACUGGCAUGAAGACUGUCUCAAGUGCGGAUGCUGCGACUGUCGGCUGGGGGAGGUUGGGUCCACGCUCUUCACGAAGGGCAACCUCAUUCUCUGUAGGAGGGAUUACCUUAGGCUCUUCGGUACAACGGGAUAUUGUUCAGCGUGUUCAAAGGUUAUCCCGGCCUUUGAGAUGGUUAUGAGAGCCAGGAACAAUGUGUACCACCUUGAGUGCUUCGCUUGUCAACAGUGCAACCACAGGUGA